AUGCUCGUCGUGGUCGUCCCUGGAUUCCCCGUUGAGAUGCUCGUCGUGGUCGUUCCUGGAUUCCCCGUUGAGAUGCUCGUCGUGGUCGCUCCAGGAGUUUCAGUUGAUGUGGUCGUCGUGGUCGUUCCUGGAUUCCCCGUUGAGAUGCUCGUCGUGGUCGUCCCUGGAUUCCCCGUUGAGUUGCUCGUCGUGGUCGUUCCAGGACUCCCCGUUGAAGUUGUUGAGGUUAUGGUUCCAGGAGUUUCCGUUGAUAUGCUCGUCGUGGUCGUUCCUGGAUUCCCCGUUGAGUUGCUCGUCGUGGUCGCUCCAGGAGUUUCAGUUGAUGUGGUUGUCGUGGUCGUCCCUGGAUUCCCCGUUGAGGGUUUCGUUGAUGUGGUCGUCCCUGGAUUCCCCGUUGAGUUGCUCGUCGUGGUCGUUCCAGGACUCCCCGUUGAAGUUGUUGAGGUUAUGGUUCCAGGAGUUUCCGUUGAUGUGGUUGUCGUGGUCGUUCCUGGAUUCCCCGUUGAGAUGCUCGUCGUGGUCGUCCCUGGAUUCCCCGUUGAGUUGCUCGUCGUGGUCGUUCCUGGAUUCCCCGUUGAGAUGCUCGUCGUGGUCGUUCCAGGAGUUUCAGUUGAUGUGGUCGUGGUGGUCGUCCCUGGAUUCCCCGUUGAGAUGCUCGUCGUGGUCUUCCGUUCCGUUGAGUGUCGUCGUGGUCGUCCUGGAUUCCCCGUUGAGAUGCUUCGUCGUGGUCGUUCCUGGAUUCCCCGUUGA